CACUGACUGGUUGCGUUGCGCACGCUGGCUGCAUCGUCGGUAGUUUGGUCUAAUUGCACCCUUAGCGCUUCAAUCAAUCUACAGUAGCCGAAUAUUUACAGAGACAUACAACGAACCAGAUCUCCCUGGACAACAAUGCGAGUCUUGUUACGAGCAUGGCUUCAGGUCUUGACGGUCUGAUUCGUUACCGGCCACCUUAGGAGGUGCAAAGUCGACGACUGAGCGGUGGCGACGCCCCCAUAGCGAGGAGAAGAGGGCGACCGAUUGACCGCCGCAAUAACGAGCCGUCCGUUCUGAUAGCUCAGACUGAUCGACACCACGCGCCCCGGUAUUCCACCAACCCUCCGUUGCAGGUUGUGACCGGGAAUACGCACUUCGAAACCCAACCCAAAAUGAGUUCCCAAGCGGCGUCGAGCUCGGGAGGCUCGCGGUGCAACGUUGUGUUUGCAGACCCCGUGGCUUUUGGCUACCUGGCCGAAGAACCAGGUGUUACAGUACUUGAGCGGAGGGCGGUGCUGCCUGGCUACGAACUGUACCUCGUCGAGCAGUGGGCUUGCUCACGGCGGUCACCCACCCUGGUCAUAGUCACUUACACAGGUGACCCCAAACAUUCGGUCAACGUCGGCGUCCUUUCCAUUCCUGCAGUCGAGUCCGAUCGCUCGCCAGCGCUCCGGCAUUACUUCAAUGCCAUUCAACAGUAUCAUGCAAGGCCCAGAGAGACACCUCUGGGAGAGCUCAUGGUCACCAACCUGAGCAGCUUCCCUUCCGCCCUGACUGUCAUUUCCGUUCCUGAUGGCGACCUGCGGAAGCAUCGAGAGAUUUUUAUAGUCAAUGAGAACCUGAAGCGCCUUGGCUGCUCUGGACGCUCGGGUCUUACGCUCUCAGAACCAUCGCCUGCGACGCAAGCCAAAUUUCUACAGCUGUAUAAAACAUGCGAUCGCAUACCCUUAUAUCAAGCUGUUGUAGAACUCGUCAAAGUCUGCCAGGCCGCCCUUUUCUUAUUUGGCAAGCUUGAGCAGGAGUUCAUCGAUGGUUUGCUCUGCGACAUGACCGAGACGGCCAUAAGCAACUGGUGGAUCGAAAUUGGGUCUGAGUACUUUAAUAUGGAGCCUUCCGACGGAAUAUUAGGUCCUACAACCGUUGCAGCCAUCUUAGGUACAUUGAUGGGAGCUCGCAAUCGCCUACACUGGUGGGGAGCCGCUGUUGGCAAGGAUGUUUUCGACAUAGACAGCACCAAACGGGGCAUCAAUCAGUUCCAAAAGGCUAUGAAACUGGAGCGGACUCGCAGGCUGGACCGUCCAACUUUGUUAAAGCUUCACAGCGUCACUGCGAAAGCUGCUGCAGGUGAAGGUGGCUGGGGAGUCCAGAGGGCAGUUAAAUCUACCGUGGCAGAAAUAGGGGGUAAGCGCGGUGAGAUUGUGAUGGGAUUCGUAUCUGGUGGCCGUGACAAGGGAAACAUUGCCGACAUUGAAACGCUCGACAUUGACAAGUUCAUUAGUCUUGCCUACGGUGAACGCUCAAAGUGGUUGUGGCACGGAAAGCCCAAGAGAUCCACCUCUGAUCACCCAAAUCAUCAGCUUUCGGAUGCAGCCGGUGGUUCAGCGUUUGGGAACAGUAAGGAGAACCUGUCGCUUCCAUCAACUUCGUCCGCUCAGCUGCAACAGCUACCUCAGCAAGACCAGCCGCGAGUAGAGGCAAGACGAACGCAAACCCUACCACCUACAGAUGAUCUAGUGCUCAGGUCCAAGGAUGAGUCGGCAACUGUUGAUACAACCCAUUCAGCUCCGCCAGGGUCCGCGGAUAGCCCGCCAGGAGACAGGGACGCACUGAGGAAGACAGUCUUCAAGAGAGUGGGCGGCAAAGUGAACGAUGCAAGAUCAGGAAUCGGCCGGACUAUUCGGGAUGCGAUUGGUGGCGGGCACCGCAGCGGUCAUCAAUCUAAACCGUCGAAAGAUGGACAUGUGUUGCCUGACGGUGGCAUAGCCAGCCCCAGCAUCGCAAGUCUGGCACAUAGCGCCACUAGCAUGGGAAGCCCCGUGUUGGUGGGCAGAGCUUUCACAUGGAAAAAUAAGCCAGAAGAAUAUAAAGACGCUAUGCGAAUUCCCAGAGAUGCACAAGGCGCUGCGAGCGGAUCAGUCGAAGGGCGUACAAGUAUCGCUGAAGAAGGGCCCGAUACCGCGGUACCAGGGGCACACUCAGACACAGAUGGCCAUCUUGGCGGGCAUCAUAUCAUCGAAUCCUCCGUUGCUGAUUCGGUGGCGGAUGAGAGCGAUACUCAUAGCCACGACCGUGCUCUUGCAGGUUUUAGGAAAGAUGACACCCCACCUUCAUGGAUCCAGCGUCGCCACAGUCUACAUCUCCCGCUAGAUGAUCGACCCAUUAACGACGCUCGGUGGCCACGACGAAUGUCUUUCAGCGUGGCUGCGGAUUCAGUCUUGUGGUGGGACCGCAUCGCUGACUUGGUUGUCGAGGCGGAACCUGUUGGCAACUCUCACGGAUCCGACGGGACUGUGGAUAAUGGUGGCGAAGAGCAAAAGAUACCGACACUGGUGGCGGCACCAGGGAACGCUGAGCUCGCCCGAGCCAUAUACACACGCAUAGCCGAAAUGAAGCAAACACUGAUGCCCUGGACAGAGGAAAAAAUCAGGGCGGUUGCUCUAGUGGACGGUGAGCUUGGAAGACAACAGGACGAGUUGGCGUCUUUGCUGGACCAGUUCCGUGAGGCAUACGAGGCGAUGCGGCGGCAAUCGGUGGAACUGCUCUCGGACGAGCGGGGGCAGCUGACGGAAGCCGUUCGGGAUGUAGAAGGCCUCGCACAAAGGCUCGACUACGAGAUCAAUGCGCUGGCCUCCAAGAUUGCCGACGUCGAGGAUGGGGUGCAAGAGUUUGAGAUUCAGGUGGAGAUGGUCGAGGCGAAAGCCGAGGAGCUCAAGACGCAGCUCGAGACGGAAACCUGGGUGCACUGGGCCAUGAGGAAGCUGACGGGCAUCGGCAGCGGGCCCAACAUUAUUGGGGGUCAGGUGCCUGUCGGUGGCCUGGACAGGAGCCCCGCCACUAGCUAGGACAAAGAGGUUGCGAUUGUUUUGGAUCCGAAUGGCGCAGGCUUCUGAUUUGCCACUGGCGACGUGGUACUUGGCAGCAGCUUUUCUUCUUCCUCCUUGGUAUGGCGGCAACGGCAUCAUACGUGGUCAGAGGCAAAGGGCGAGCGUCUGGUGACGGCGACCCAAGACAUCCAACUACGGAAUAAAGAGCAUGGGAAUAAGAAGUGAAUUGAGUCCGUUUACGGAGUAAUACUGCCCAAUCAAUGGCACAAUGAGAAACAAAACAGUUAGGCUAUCCUCCAUGUUUUGGGCUAUAUGUUUUCAGCAUUGGGGGGUAUAUUAGAUUAAUUUGAUGCGAUUAUUUAAUAUCAGAA